AAAUGCUAAGAACACAUCAAAAUAGCAAAGAAUAAAAGAUCUUAAGUACCAUAAGAGAGGACACAUAAGGCAACUUUAUUAAAUCAAAUUUGUAAAGUAUAAGCUAUAUUCUUAACAAAGAAUCUAAUGUUAAUGUAAAGCAAAAAAGUGUUCCCCUUCUUUAUUUCACACUUCUUUUUGUCGCUAUAAGCAAUUCCCUUAGUGACUUUUCCACCAAAAAAAAAAACUACUAUCAUCCAAAGAAACAAACCAAUUCAGCAUUUAAAUAUUGCCAUUUGAUCACCUAAACUCUUGUCACAACAUCUCAAAACAAUGGCACAAAGAAACAUUGAGAUGCUGCUAAGCAUGUUCUUUGUUGUAGUGACUCUUUGGGGUGUCACAGUGGCACAAAUUGAUUCAAGUUGUUCCAAUGUGCUCAUAAGUCUUUCUCCAUGCCUUGACUACAUCACAGGACAGACCUCCACCCCUUCAUCUGGUUGCUGCUCACAACUUGCCUCGGUGAUGGGGUCACAGCCGCAGUGUCUAUGUGAGGUUGUUAACGGUGGUGCUUCGUCUAUUGCUGCUAGUCUCAACAUCAAUCAGACUCGUGCUUUAGCACUUCCCACUGCUUGCAAUGUCCAAACACCUCUUAUCAACACUUGCAGUGGCUCAGCUUCUUCUUCUACUCCUCCAGCAGGUGUUUCUACUUCAAACAUUCCAAAUUCUCCUUCAGGGGUUUUUUCAUCAACUACAGCCGGUGGUGGAACUAUCCGUGGCUCAUCCUCAUCUUAUGCAACAUCAAGUUCCGCAAAAUUACAAUGUUCUUUGCUUGUUCUGGUUAUCUUUGCAAACUUAACAUUCACUUUCAUCAGUUUCAUGACCACGACUUAGGCUGCGCCAUGAAUAUUUUUGUAAACCUUAUUAUUGUCUAAAUUCUACCGAUUUUUAGUAAACACUCUGUAAUGCCCCUUACACCUUUAACCAGGUCAGUGGAUAAAAGUCACUGAAAACUAGCUAUAUUACCAAUGUGAGUUAUGUAAUUAGAAAUCACAAAAGAUGUUUGCUUGCAGUUGUCA